AAAAGCUAAAUAAUAAACUGAAUCAACGAAAGUAAAACGUAUAUUUAUUUACAAUGUCGUUUAUUGAGUUUGAAAGUGGUUGGGAAAAGGAAAAGGCGCGUCAGGAACUUCGUGAAGUCCGGGCAGAACUUUUGAAACGGGCUGAAGAGAAUGCAAAACGCCGGGAUGAAAAAGAGCUUCAGAAAAAAUUUCGCGGUGAAGAUCAAUGGAUAUUGCCGUCGGUAUCAAAAAAAAUAGACGAACAAUCAACUGAAACUUCUAGUAGUAGAAAGAAGGAGAAGAAGUCAAAAAAAUCGAAAAAGGCAAAAAAAUCAUCGAAGAAAAACAAAAAGGAGAAAAAGAAAAGUAAGAAACGCAAAUAUUCAUCGUCAGGUGAAUCUGAUAAUAGUUCGGAAGAAGAAGGACGAAUUUCAAAACGAAAACAGAAACGAAAGCAUUUUAGCGAUGCCAGUUCAUCAAGUUCAUCGGAUAGUGAGAGUGAUGAAGAAUCAUGGGUCGAAAAAGACAAGCAUGAUGAAAAUCACAGUCAACACGCAGAAGAGAAAAAAGUGGCAGCUCCAUUGCAACGUGACGAUUGGCUCAGUGGAUUUUCUUCCAUUCCAACAUUUUCAAAAAGUAAAGAAGAACGUAAAAAAGACGAGCGAAAAGGUAUUGAUGCUUACGAACCCGGAAAAUGUGCACGCGAACUAAAUCCAUAUUGGAAAGAUGGCGGUGAUGGUUUACCUAAAGCAUUUGCAAAACCAAAAUAUGAAUCCGAUGAUGACGAACAAGACCAGAGACGUGUAUAUCAAUCGAAGCCGAACCACAGAGAACGACAAUCAAAUUGGAAGAAGAAAACCGAACCAUCGACAUCGACAACAACACAAGAUCGUGCACCAAGAAGAGAGCCACAAAGACGAAGUUCAUCCAGUUCAUCAUCGUCAGAUGCAAGCAGAUCACCUUCACCGGCACCGGCAAGUGAACCAAGCAAACCACAGGCUUCACGACAAGACUUUUUAACCGACCAACAAAUGAAUGAAUUGGGGGCAAAACUAGUUAAAGCAGAGAUUAUGGGCAACGAUGAAUUGGCAAAUGAGCUCAAAGAAAAGCUUGAUAGAGCGCGAAAGUAUCGAACAGAGCAUAAAAGUGAAGUUAUGGCCAAGUCAUUUGAGCGUCGUGCUGGUGGUGCUCAAAAGAAACAAGACAAAGAAGACUCCGUGGUAUUAUCGACAACAAAUAGCAAGGGAAUGAGUCGACCAGUUGCGAAAUUCCGAGACGAUAGUGAUUUGUGGGGCGGUAGAGCCGGUCGUAAAGUAAAGAAACAAAAAGUUGAAACACAUGCAGACGGUGAACGGGUUAGAUACUUUGCCGACGAUGACAGAUAUGACAUCAAACAAAUGUUUGAGUCCGAGAAAUUCACAUCGGCUGCCGAUCAAGAUAUGCAAUUUGCAAAUAUUGCCGGUAAACAUAAAAACCCUAAUGACGACUUGGAGGACAUUUUUGCAGAUAAAGUGCGUAAAAAUAUUAGUGAGCACGAUGUGGAUAAAAAGGAACGUGAUCGUGCCAUUCGGGAGCAUCAAGAGAUGGAGCGUACGCUGAAUGCUUGUGACAAAUGUUUCGAUUCAGCAAAAUUGGAAAAACAAUUGAUUGUCUCGCUAGGGAAAAAUGUUUAUUUAUCAUUACCAUGGCAUGAAGGUUUGACAUCAGGCCACUGUCUGAUAGCACCAUUGGCACAUGUUGCGUGCUCAACACAGCUGGAAGAUGAUGUGUGGCAAGAAAUAAGAGAGCUAAUGACUGCAUUGAAUCGAAUGUUUAGCUCACGUAAACAAGAUGUGAUAUUCUUUGAAACUGUACGAUAUCUACAUCGACGGCCACACAUGGUCAUUCAUUGUGUGCCGAGCAAUGAAUUCGAAAUGGCGCCGUUCUAUUUUAAGAAAGCGAUACAGGAGUCGGAAGCUGAAUGGUCGACAAAUAAACAAUUGGUCAGCCUAAAAGAUCGCGAUGUUCGAAGAGCCAUACCCAAAGGAUUACCGUAUUUCUGGGUGAAUUUUGGUAUGGACAGCGGUUUUGCACACGUCAUUGAAGAUCAAGAACAAUUUCCAAACAAUUUUGCACAGGAAAUCAUUGGCGGUUUAUUGAAUCUCGACGCUAGAUUAUGGAGACGACCGCGCAAAAUUCACAAUCCAAUACCAAAGGUCAAACAAUUUGCUGAUUGGUGGAAAUUAUUUGAUCCAACACGAUAAAAACCGAUUUAUUUUUUUUAUUAAAAGAAAAAGAGUUCCGUAUUUGUAC